AUGCAGGAUAUAUGGUUAGCCGGCAUUGGAUGGGACGAGUUUCUCCCUGCAGAGCUACGGCAACGCUGGCAUGAUUUCCUUCGCAGCCAUAGUUCCCUCCACAAGGUUCGCGUCCCGCGUUGGGUACAAUUCCGACCGGGAGCACAAGUUCAGAUCCACGGCUUCUGUGAUGCAUCUCAGAAGGCCUAUGGGGCAGCGAUUUAUGUUCGCGUCCAAUACGACGGAGGCAUUUCGUCGAGUCUGCUCAAGUCAAAGACUAAAGUCGCCCCUGUCAAAACCGUUUCACUCCCGCGCUUAGAAUUGUGUGGUGCAGUUCUUCUUGCUGACCUGUGGGCUGCAAUUCUUCCUCACAUCCCGUUUGGUCGAAUAGAGACGUUUUUCUGGACUGAUUCCACCAUUGUGUUGGCAUGGUUGAACAAGCCACCAUGUCAAUGGACCACCUUCGUAGCGAAUCGAGUGACUAAGAUUGCUCUAAAUACAGAUGCCAGUCAAUGGUCACAUGUGCGUUCCGAGCACAAUCCAGCAGAUCUAGCCAGUCGUGGUGUCACGGCUGCAGAGCUGGCAAGUAGUGACCUCUGGUGGCAUGGCCCGUCGUGGCUGAUUCAGCAGCAAGUCGCCUGGCCCACGUCGCACGAAGAGGUAUCGGACCCUGAACUCGAAAGACGAUCCUUCCGGUGCCAUUUAGCGUGUCCAGCAUGGGAUCUCCUAGAGCGUUUUUCAAACUUCAAUCGCAUGCUGCGAGUCAUGGCUUUUGUGCAGCGGUUCAUCAACCGCUGCAGACGCAUUCCUACGCCUUCUUCUACAGACUUAAGCAGUAAAGAACUCGCCCAUAUACAACUCAUGCUUAUUAGGCAAACUCAACGGGCCCACUAUCCAGAGGAAUACAACAUCCUGCAAUCCAAAGGACAGCUUCCCUCGUCCAGUUGUAUCCUCAACCUUAAUCCGUUCCUGGAUGCUGACGGCAUCAUGAGGUCAUGCGGUCGUUUGACUGCAUCUGACUCGUUAUCCUACGACGAACGUCAUCCUAUCCUUUUGGCGUACCAUUCCAAACUAGCAGAGCUUCUGGUCACAUUUACUCACCGUAUCUCCAUACACGGGGGAAACCAGCUUAUGGUUCGUCUCAUCCGGACGAGAUACUGGAUUCCGAAGCUGCGGAACCUGAUCAAACGUGUGACCACGACCUGCAAGGUGUGUGUCAUUCACCGGAAGAAGGUGCAGUCCCAGCUAAUGGGUAAACUACCUCAGUCCAGAGCGACCUAUUCGCGACCCUUUACACACACAGGACACGACUUCGCGGGACCGUUUGAUGUCAAGAGCUAUUCAGGUCGUGCCUGUCGAAUCACGAAGGGCUAUGUCUGCGUCUUCGUGGGCUUCAGUACGAAGGCCAUCCAUUUGGAAGCCACUUCGGACUUGACCACGGAGAAAUUCCUCGGAGCCUUCUCAAGGUUCGCGGCCAGAAGAGGGUGCCCUCUCCAUCUUUACUCGGACAACGGAAAGACUUUUGUGGGGGCGGAGAAGGCCCUCACAGAAGAUUUCAUCGCUGCGGUUCAGGAAAAGGAGUCCUCGUCAUUUAGUCACCAGAGCCUAUCCUGGCAUUUCAACCCUCCAGGCGCCCCCCAUAUGGGAGGCCUGUGGGAAGCAGGAGUCAAGAGCUUCAAGACUCACUUCUACAAAACGACAGGUAAUUUUAAGUAUACCCUUGAAGAGUUAUCCACUCUACUGUGUCGGAUCGAGGCAUGCCUCAACUCCAGACCAAUUUCAGCGAUGUCAGAAGAUCCGUCGGAUAUCCUCGCUCUCACUCCGGGACAUUUUCUGAUAGGCGGACCGCUACUUGUCCCCGCCGAACCUCCCACCGCCGGCGAAGCCAGUUCUAUCCUGAACCGAUGGCAGCGACUCAAAGCCCUUGGCCAGCUUUUCGCAUCGAGAUGGAAAGCUGAAUACCUGAAAGAGUUCCAUAAGAGGACCAAGUGGCAGAUUCCAACCAGGAAUAUGUCCGAAGGCGACAUGUCGUUCUUUUCUCUCAGCUUCUCUCAUCUCUUUGCGCCAGCCAUGCCGUCCCAUCGCAACCAACGUCGCCAGCUCAUCGACAGAUGUUCUCGAGGAACUCGAUCGUUCCGAUGCCGAGUCUGUCAGGGGAUUCAUCCGCUUCGGACGUGUUCGCGGUUUCUCCGGCUAGAUGCAGAGCGGCGGCUCCGUGCGGUCCUUAUCAACAAAUAUUGCCCGAACUGCUAGGCGCACCAGCAUUCCGGAGGCUCGUACCGAAGUGAGUGUCGCUGCCGAGUAUGUGGGGACGCUCAUCACACCCUGCUGCAUCUCCAUCGGCGGGAAAAGCGAGAGCGGUCUGCCAGCGCGGACAGGCCCAUCGAGACGCCAGAGCCGAAGGCCGACAUCGAGCAACCCCGCCUCUCGGCAGUGCUCUCCCACACUGCAACGGCUAUCCUGCCCACCGUCAAUCUGCGGUUCGACAUCGGGGACAAACGCUUCGAUGUGCGGGCUAUGGUAGAUGCGUGCUCUACUUUGAGCCGCAUUGACGGAUCACUAGCCGAGGCCAUGGCCCUCCCUAUCCUGGGAGUCGGUGAUGAGAGGGUGUGCAGAGCCACUCUCAUACCGAUGCAUACAGAGACGCCACGGAUUGAGGUGGUGUUCCACGUCGAGGAGCAGCUGCGAAUGCGGACUCCUGCCCGAGAGCUGCCUGACGCUGCCAAAACAGUGUUCACCAACCUCAUCCUGUCGGACCCCAAUUUCCACAGGCCGGCUGGUACCUCCGUCGUGCUAGGUGCGGAUGUGUUUCCCACGCUCAUCCAACCGGGUGUCAUGCACAGCCAGAACGGGCACAUCGUAGCACAGAGCACUGUUUUAGGAUGGAUGCUCUCCGGAACAUACGCCCACUGACGCAUCACAGAUUCUUUUGCAAUCUGUGGCAUUGCAAGGCGGGCGGGAUGUUUACUCCAGCUCCCGUGUGCCAGUUCCACGCGUCCCUAAAUGGAGAAGGGAAUCCACCCACUCUCUUUUGAAAAAGGGAGUAUUCUUCCAUUAGGGACCGCUGGCCACACCCUUUUCCUUUUUUGCUUACUCACUUACUUACUUUUCAUUUUCUACAAGUCACGAAGACACAAAAAUUUGGAGCAACCUGUUUAUAUUUGUACAUAUAUAUAUAUCAAAGUGAAUAAAGACUACCCUUUGGAGAACCAGAAA